AUGCAUUUUCAUAUUAUAUUAUUGAGACGACAACCGAUUCCGAGGACCGAAGAACAUUCGAAGAAUCUGGAUGGAGUUCGAAGAGAAGAUUUGACACCAUCGCAACACAAUCCCGAGUGUCCGUUACCAGGUCAAGUAAGGGUUCAUUCAUUCAGCACUCAGCAGACCACAACAUCGUUCUCGCAUCACAUUAUCUCCUUUGGAGGGGUGGUGGGAGACAGGGGGCGAGGCCGAGGGCGAGGACGACGAGGCCAAGGGGUUGAGGAAGAAGUGGAUGAUCCCAAUUUACACAUCUGCUUGCCCACGGGGCCUGGGACAUUGGGAUUGAAAUUGAAGUUGUCUCGCACUAGUGGGAUACCUUAUACAGUAUUGGAGAAGCUAGUGAAAAGGUAUUGGAAAGUCGAACAGAAGUACAAUGAGGUUCGGAAGCCUGUAUAUGAUAAGCGAAAUAAUGUCAUCAAAUCUAUUCAUGAUCACUGGCUGACUGCUUUCAAGAGUCAUCCUGCCCUCAGUGAGCUUUUGACUGAUGAAGACCAGAAGAUCUUCAAGUAUUUAAGUAACCUUAGAAGUGGAGGAUUGCAAAGAUGUGAUACAUUUCAGUUCAAGCCCAAUCCCUACUUCGAGGAUACUAAGCUCACAAAGACCUUUGCCUUCCGCCACAAUCGAAUUAAUACUAAAGCAAUGAAAAAGUUGAUAUACUUACUAGCGUGA